CCAGUCGGGGCUCGUAGUCCCCGCCGGCCGCUGCCGACGAGGGGCGCGGCCGCGCCGAGGCACUGCGCUACGUUGCGCGGCGUGCAGCGGGACGAGCGUAUAAGGGGCCGGCGGCGAGCGCGGCUCAGUCAGUCCGUCCGCCUGCCUGUCCGUCAGAACAAUGCCUUCGCCGCCGGAGCCGGGCAGCCGCGGCUGAGAAGCGGCGGCGGAGCAGCCGGGCGGGACGCGCUCGCCGAGCAGCGCCGCUCCGAGCGGGAGAGCCGCCGCCAGCAUGUGGAUCCCCACGGAGCACGAGAAGUACGGCGUGGUAAUAGCUGGUUUUCGAGGAACAGUCCCACAUGGCCUCUCGCUGGAGAUUGGAGACACUGUUCAGAUACUGGAGAAGUGUGAUGGAUGGUACAGAGGAUUUGCCUUAAAAAACCCCAAUGUUAAGGGUAUCUUUCCGUCCAACUACAUUCACUUGAAAAAUGCAUGCGUUAAGAACAAAGGACAAUUUGAAAUGGUUAUUCCAACAGAAGAUUCUGUUAUUACAGAAAUGACAUCAACUUUAAGAGACUGGGGAACAAUGUGGAAACAACUCUAUGUGAGAAAUGAGGGGGAUCUCUUUCACCGACUGUGGCAUAUAAUGAAUGAAAUCCUAGACCUGCGAAGGCAAGUCCUUGUUGGCCAUCUCACCCAUGAUCGAAUGAAGGAUGUGAAGCGACACAUCACUGCUCGUCUGGACUGGGGCAAUGAACAACUGGGACUUGACUUAGUUCCAAGAAAAGAAUAUGCUAUGGUGGAUCCUGAAGAGAUCAGCAUUACAGAGCUCUACAGGCUGAUGGAGCAUCGUCAUCGAAAAAAAGACACACCAGUACCAGCUAGCAGCCACCAUCUUUUUGUUCAGAUGAAGAGUCUAAUGUGCUCCAAUCUGGGAGAGGAACUGGAAGUAAUCUUCUCACUCUUCGAUAGUAAAGAAAAUCGACCCAUCAGUGAACGAUUUUUUUUAAGACUGAAUAGAAAUGGUUUGCCAAAAUGUCCAGAAAAGCCUGAAAGACACUGUUCUCUUUUUGUGGAUUUGAGUAGCAGUGAACUCAGGAAGGACAUCUAUAUCACUGUGCACAUUAUCCGAAUAGGACGGAUGGGAGCUGGAGAAAAGAAAAAUGCCUGCAAUGUACAAUACAGACGGCCCUUUGGCUGCGCGGUCCUCAGUAUUGCGGAUUUGCUGGCAGGAGAUUCAAAGGAUGACCUCAUCUUAAAGGUGUACAUGUGCAACACAGAGAGUGACUGGUAUCAGAUCCAUGAAAAUAUCAUUAAAAAGCUGAACGCACGUUACAACUUGACUGGCUCCAAUGCAGGUCUGGCAGUUUCUCUUCAGUUGCUUCAUGGAGACAUAGAACAAAUUAGGAGAGAGUAUACAUCUAUGUUUACCCAUGGAGUAUCCAUAACAAGGAAGCUAGGUUUUUCCAAUAUUAUCAUGCCUGGUGAAAUGAGGAAUGAUUUAUACAUCACUGUAGAAAGAGGAGAAUUUGAGAAAGGAGGGAAAAGUGUGGCCAGAAAUGUGGAAGUGACAAUGCAUGUUGUGGACAGCAGUGGUCAGAUUUUAAGGGAUUUUAUCUCAUUUGGCUCCGGAGAGCCACCAGCCAGCGAGUACCAUUCUUUUGUUCUUUACCAUAACAAUGGUCCCAGGUGGGCUGAGCUGCUGAAACUUCCUAUUCCUGUGGAUAAAUUCAGAGGAGCCCACAUCCGCUGUGAAUUCCGGCACUGUUCCACAAAAGAAAAGGGUGAGAAGAAGUUGUUUGGCUUUUCUUUUGUGCCCCUGAUGCAGGAAAAUGGGAGGACUCUGCCAGAUGGCACCCAUGAACUCAUUGUACACAAGUGUGAAGAAAAUGCAAACCUUCAGGAUUCUAGUCGCUACCUCAAACUCCCCUUUUCUAAGGGAAUUUUCCUAGCAAACAACAGCCAAGCAGUAAAAACCACUAAAGAGUCCUUCUGGAUUACGUCCUUUCUCUGCUCCACUAAACUCACACAAAAUGGAGAUAUGCUUGAUCUUCUGAAAUGGAGAACCCAUCCAGACAAAAUUGCAGGUUGCCUCUCAAAAUUAAAAGAAAUUGAUGGUUCAGAAAUAGUAAAGUUUCUUCAAGAUACACUGGACACUUUAUUUGGAAUUUUAGACGAAAACUCUCAAAAAUAUGGAUCAAAAGUAUUUGAUUGUUUGGUUCACAUAAUAAAUCUGCUGCAGGACAGCAAAUUUCACCACUUUAAGCCAGUAAUGGACACUUACAUUGAAAGUCACUUUGCAGGAGCACUUGCAUACAGAGAUCUGAUAAAAGUACUGAAGUGGCAUAUUGAUAGAGUCACCGAAGUGGACUUGCAUGAGCACAUACAAGAAGUACUAAAGGCACAGGAAUAUAUCUUUAAAUAUAUAGUUCAGUCUCGAAGAUUAUUCUCAAUUGCUACUGGUGGACAAAAUGAGGAAGAAUUUCGCUGUUGUAUUCAAGAACUUCUGAUGUCAGUACGCUUCUUCCUUUCCCAAGAGAGCAAAGGAGCUAGUGCUUUGUGCCAACUGCAACGUCAAGAAGAUCUGAAUUAUAUAAAUAGCUUUUCUCCAUUGGCAGGAAUUGGAGAGGAAGGAGGGAAUGCUGUGUUUCUCAGCUCAUUCCCAUCUGUGUAUUCUGAACUUUUGAAGCUGUUUGAUGUAAGAGAAGUGGCAAAUUUGGUUCAUGAUGCUCUGGGCAGUUUGCCAACAGUUAUGCAGGGGGAUGAAUCCCUUCAAGCUGUUAAACUUCAGAGUAUUGGGAAAACUGUAGAGAGUCACCUGUACACCAACCCAGAUUCACGAUAUAUUCUUCUUCCAGUAGUUUUACAUCAUCUCCACAUGCAUUUACAAGAACAGAAGGACCUUAUAAUGUGUGCACGUAUCCUUAGCAACAUAUUUUGUCUCAUCAAGAAGAACAGCUCAGAAAAAUCUGUUCUGGAAGAAAUUGAUGUGAUUGUAAGCAGCCUGCUAGAUAUUCUGCUAAGGACAAUACUAGAGAUCACCAGCCGACCACAACCAUCAGGCUCUGCUAUGCGCCUUCAGUUUCAAGAUGUGACUGGGGAGUUUGUCUCCUGUUUGCUGUCACUCUUGCGACAAAUGACUGACAGACAUUAUCAACAGCUUCUUGAUAGCUUCAAUACAAAGGAGGACCUGAGGGAUUUCCUGCUACAGAUUUUCACUGUAUUUCGGAUACUAAUACGACCGGAGAUGUUUCCCAAAGACUGGACAGUGAUGCGUUUGGUUGCGAACAAUGUGAUCAUCACUACGGUCUUGUACCUUUCGGAUGCGCUUCGUAAAAACUUCUUAAAUGAAAACUUUGAUUACAAGAUAUGGGAUUCCUACUUUUUUCUUGCUGUAAUUUUUAUAAACCAGUUAUGUCUUCAACUGGAGAUGUUCACACCUUCCAAGAAAAAAAAGGUUUUAGAAAAAUAUGGUGACAUGCGGGUAACAAUGGGAUGUGAAAUCUUCAGCAUGUGGCAGAAUUUAGGGGAACACAAGCUUCACUUCAUUCCAGCAUUGAUUGGCCCCUUCCUAGAAGUGACCUUGAUCCCACAGCCAGACCUGAGGAAUGUAAUGAUUCCUAUUUUCCAUGACAUGAUGGACUGGGAGCAAAGGCGAAGUGGCAACUUUAAGCAGGUGGAAGCAAAAUUGAUUGACAAACUGGACAGCCUAAUGUCGGAAGGUAAAGGUGACGAAACGUACCGAGAGCUCUUCAACAGUAUUCUGCUGAAGAAAAUUGAGCGGGAAACAUGGAGAGAAAGUGGUGUUUCAUUAAUUGCUACUGUGACUCGCCUCAUGGAAAGGUUACUGGACUACAGGGACUGCAUGAAAAUGGGAGAAGUGGAUGGUAAAAAAAUUGGCUGCACUGUUAGCCUUUUGAAUUUUUACAAGACUGAACUGAACAAAGAAGAGAUGUAUAUUCGCUAUAUUCAUAAGCUCUAUGACCUACAUCUGAAAGCACAAAACUUUACAGAGGCAGCCUACACACUCUUGCUGUACGAUGAGCUGUUGGAGUGGUCUGAUCGGCCCCUGAGAGAAUUUCUAAACUACCCCAUGCAAACAGAGUGGCAGCGUAAAGAGUAUCUCCAUCUGACUAUCAUUCAAAACUUUGAUAGGGGAAAGUGUUGGGAAAAUGGCAUUAUUUUAUGCAGGAAAAUUGCUGAACAGUAUGAGAGCUACUAUGACUACAGAAACCUUAGCAAGAUGAGGAUGAUGGAAGCGUCUUUGUAUGAUAAAAUUAUGGAUCAACAGCGACUGGAGCCAGAAUUUUUCAGAGUUGGAUUUUAUGGGAAAAAGUUUCCGUUCUUUUUGAGAAAUAAGGAAUUUGUUUGCCGAGGACAUGACUAUGAAAGACUGGAGGCCUUCCAGCAGCGAAUGUUGAAUGAGUUCCCACAUGCCAUUGCUAUGCAACAUGCAAAUCAACCAGAUGAGACUAUCUUUCAGGCAGAAGCGCAGUACUUGCAGAUCUAUGCUGUGACACCAAUCCCAGAAAAUCAAGAAGUCCUGCAGAGAGAUGGCAUUCCAGAUAACAUCAAGAGUUUUUACAAAGUAAAUCACAUCUGGCGAUUCCGAUAUGACAGGCCAUUUCACAAAGGUACCAAGGACAAGGAGAAUGAGUUCAAGAGCCUAUGGGUGGAGAGAACUACACUGAUCUUGGUGCAGAGUUUACCAGGAAUCUCUCGUUGGUUUGAAGUGGAAAAACGUGAAGUAGUGGAAAUGAGUCCCCUUGAGAAUGCCAUUGAAGUCUUGGAAAAUAAGAACCAGCAACUCAGAACGCUGAUCAGUCAGUGUCAAACUCGACAGAUGCAAAACAUUAACCCUCUCACAAUGUGUCUAAAUGGGGUCAUUGAUGCAGCAGUUAAUGGUGGUGUUACUAGAUACCAAGAGGCAUUCUUUGUCAAAGAAUAUGUUUUGAACCAUCCGGAAGAUGGAGAGAAGAUUACGCGCUUGAGAGAGCUGAUGCUUGAGCAGGCCCAAAUUCUGGAGUUUGGCUUAGCUGUGCAUGAGAAGUUUGUGCCCCAGGAUAUGAGACCUUUGCACAAAAAGCUGGUGGAUCAGUUCUUCGUGAUGAAGUCUAGUUUGGGAAUACAGGAAUUUUCUGCCUGUGUGCAAGCUAGCCCUAUCCAUUUUCCAAAUGGAAGUCCUCGUGUAUGUCGAAACUCAGUACCUGUUUCUAUGAGUCCAGACGGUGCUCGGGUAAUACCGCGGCGCAGUCCUUUGAGUUACCCAGCUGUGAAUCGGUAUUCAUCCUCAUCACUGUCAUCCCAAGCUUCUGCUGAAGUCAGCAAUAUCACUGGGCAGUCAGAAAGCUCUGAUGAAGUUUUUAACAUGCAGCCUAGUCCGUCUACCUCAAGCUUGAGCUCUACUCAUUCUGCUUCACCUAAUGUGACCAGUUCUGCUCCAUCCAGUGCAAGAGCCUCUCCUCUGUUAUCUGACAAACAUAAGCAUUCCCGAGAAAACUCUUGCCUGUCCCCCAGAGAGCGACCCUGCAGUGCCAUCUACCCUACUUCUUUGGAAGCCUCACAGACUGCAAACUCUUGCUUUGCCAAGUGGAAUGCGGCUUCUGUUCCCCACUCUACCCGAGAUUCGAUAAGGGAGGCUGAGGAGCAUGUAGGCCCAGCCUCCACGCUCUCAGAGACUCGCCUGGCAGCAAAAUCUCCCAAUCUGUCUCUACCCUCAGUGUCCCAAGAGAGGAGAAUGUUGUUUAAUCAUAUUGGAGAUGGUGCUUUGCCACGAAGUGAUUCUAAUCUGCCUGGCACUGACAAAGCUGUAAACGCCACUCCCAGCAGCUGGAGCCUGGACAGUGGGAAAGAAGCCAGAAACACAUCAGACAGUGGGAAGCUUAUAUCCCCUCCUGUACCACCGAGACCUGCACAGACGGCAUCACCAUCAAGACACGUAGCCUCUGUUUCCCCUUCUCCUGCUGGCAGAUCACCAAUGAAGGGCUCUGUGCAGUCAUUCACACCGUCUCCGGUGGAGUACCAUUCCUCGGGGCUCAUAUCCAACUCCCCGGUGCUGUCGGGGAGCUACAGCAGCGGCAUCUCAUCCCUCAGCCGAUGCAGCACCUCGGAGACGUCGGGCUUUGAAAGUCAAGGCAGCGAACCGCCGGUGACUGUCCCGAGCUACAGCGUUCCUGAGGAGCCCGUGAGGAAGGAAAGCAAAACCCCGCCGCCUUACAGUGUGUACGAGCGGACUUUGAAGCGCCCCGUCCCUCUACCUCACAGCCUCUCCAUCCCACCCACCGACCCUCCGGCCCUGCCGCCCAAGCCGCAGCUGGGCCGGCCCAGCAACGCGGAUAGCAGCAGCAGCAGGAGGACUGAGCCGGCCCCGCGGCCUAGGCCGCUGCCGCGCAAGGUGUCCCAGCUAUGAGGAGCCCUUUGGGAUUUGAUCGCAAGGAGUUCUUUACCAUUUAAGAAAUAAUAUUUUUUAAAAAUGGUAAAAUGCAUUUAGUUAGGCACUUUAAUGUUUUGCCCACCUUUUCUUUUAAGUAAUUUUUAAAUGCUUAUUGAUGUUAUGUUGCACAUUUUAAAAUGAAAUUACUAAUUUAGGUUGCCAGGUAUUAUAGGAAGCAUGAAUGAGAGACUUCUUUUAAUUUCAUGGUGGUGAAUACUGAUAAAUGCUUUCCUUUGUACUUUAUUUAAAAAUUUCAAUCUAAAACCCUGCAUUUCUCAUGUGAGCUCAAUGCACACUCCUGACAAAACAAAAUGUCCUGACUGGGUCUUUACUGCUGAAAUAGUGGCAUGUGUUCACACGAAGUCGUCUGUAGGCUCCAGUGUUUCUGCAAGCAGGCAGGAAUUUGUUUCUCCCAUGCAGCGGGUGGGUUGGUCAUUUCAAACGUCUGUGGAAAAAUGGAUAUGAUGCAAAGUUGUACUGCAGAGAGCUGAGCGAGAAUGCAGUUUGGAAUUUUUGAAGCAAACACUUGGUUUCUGUUAUUUUUAAGAUGGAGAGAUGCCUGCAUUUCAUUCGGCAUAGAGCACCUUCCUGGUGAAUCUCGAUAAGAUUUUUGUUCCAUUAGUGUAUUACUGUACCCAGUGCAUCCUAUGCUUUUUGAGGUGCAGCUGACCUUUAUUAUUCCACUUAGUGUAUUUUCAUUUUGUUUUUUAAAAAAACUUUUCUAGUGGAGGUCCUCUGCUGUUUUUGAGAGUUCACCCUAAAAUACAAUCAGUGUAUUACAUGGGCACAAAAAAUACGUUUAUCUAAUUUGAUUACUGGAGUCAGCACUGAAUCGUGCCAGGGCAAUAUACUAAACAAACAAAGUAUGAAUAUGAAUUUGAAGAUACCUAUGAACUAGAUAUCUACUAAAAAGAAAAAGUAAUUCAAAAGCAAAUUCAAAGGUCAUUAACAGUUCUGUAAAAACCUAGCAAAAAUUCCAGCCAGCUCUUUGGAUGUGUGUGUAGCAGUGCAUCAGGUUGGGGCUCGCUUAUUAGCUCGAGUUCAUCACCAUCGUCUGCUGUAGGAGGAUAGUGUUUGGCCAUAGGGCGUACCUUAGUGACUGGCAUCUGCAAAGCUAAUGCCAUGCCAAGCCGUAGGGAAAAAAGCACCUUCUGUAUGUAUUUUUGGUAUCCUCUUUCUUUUACUGACCGUUUAACACGUGCUUGGGAACAGAUGUAUGAACUGCAUUUUAAAUCAUGCUGUUAAAGAUAUUCUCCCUCUUUUGUUGGGAAGCUCACGUUGAUUUUAGCUGUGUCUGAUUUGUUGAUAGCUUAACUGGAAGAAAGUGACCACUUUUUAUAUUCUCUGAAGCCUUCAGCAGUUAUAAGCUGUUGACGGUGGUUAUAGAGGUUUUCUAUAAUAAAUGUUCGAGUAUUUUUGUACAUAAUUGGUAAAUUUUAAUAAGGAGUGUACCAUUAUGUGAAAAAGAAGCAAACGGUUGUGUAUGCAGUAAGAUUGUUAUAAUUAUGCCAAAUACUUUAUGUAUGGAAAAAUAUUUGUAAAUAUGUGCUUUUAACAAUAAUUCUGCCAUAUUGACUUUACAAUUUUGAAUGUCAGAAAAAUUAAUAUAUGUUAAAAUAUUUAUGUUUUAGUGAAAGUAUUCAUAACUUGAAAAGGAACAUAUGAAUUUUAGCUUUGUAUCUUGCUGAUUUCAAAGUCUGAAAUUCCUUGAAGUAGCUCUCGCUUUCAACUAUAACAUUUUUGUGUCUGUAACCACAUCAUAAAAGGUGUAGAAGGCUCCGUAUUUAUGCUGGUAGAAAGAGGUAAUACCUGGGGUUUAAAUAAGGUGUCACAAGUAAGAUAACAAAGCUGCUUUUUAAAAAAAUAUAUUUUAUUUUUUCUUUCCCCGCCUGUAGUUUAAUAGAUUUUGUUAGCUAGCGCUUGAGCACGGUAUCAAUCAGUGUUAUUUGCUCCUGAAGCCACUUUUUGUUUCUGGCAGUGAGCAGAGUUGUUGCAUUUAUCCUUGGCGCGCAUUACGGGAGUCAGCUGGGCAGCACAUUUCACACAGUUUCUGUUACCUAGACACUCAUGUCAGUUGCUGCAUAAUGUUAAUAUUGGAAUAAAAUGAUUAAUCUUUACAGUACACCUUGUUUUCUACAGAAUGAGAGAUUAUAAUUGUGUUUAUCAAGGAAUUUAAGUUCUGACUCUGUCUUGCUAAAUCUCAUUUCAUUUCUCUUGAGUAUCUCCUAAUGGAUGGAGUUUUCUCCCCGUUUGGAUCCUUAAUAGCUUUGUGAGACAAGGUGGAGAGCAUUGACCUGCUCUUCUGAACAAGGAGGAAUGUAACAUUCUCUCUGAGAGUUUGCUGUAAAUUAACCUGCAUGAGCACUCUGUUUUUAUAACCAUGAUGUCGAGAAUGCUCCGAGUGAUAGCAGAUGGUAUAAAACUGACAGAGUACUCUGAAACUGAGCUGAUGCAUUUUCUGCUUAGUCAGUUUUGACAAAUUGAUUCUGUAGAUCAGUUUUUCAACCUGAUUUCUUAUAAAAACGUAGUAUGAAAUUUUGUUAUGUAUGUUGCAAUACCCAGAGCUUGAAAACCUAAUGUAAAUAAAGGUCUCGUUUGAAUUUUAUGCGUUACUCA